UAUUUCACCCAACAGAUUUGCCCUUAGUUAAACAAAAAAAACAAACAAAAAAAAACUUAAUAAGCUGCUAGUUUUCAAAACUACCUAUAUUGCCAAUAAUUUUAAAGGUGGAAAGAGAGGAAGAGAAAGGAAAAGAAGGUAGUUUUGAAAUGGCUACUAAAUCAUGUUGCUAUGUGUAGGAGGACUGGGGGAGGGGAAAGAGAGAGAGAGAGAAAUUCUAAACAGGAAUGGAGAACAACUAAAACUACCUGGAAAAAAAAAAAAAAAAAGAUGCUCUAGCCAACCUUUUGUACUGUCUUCUCAAAGGCUUUUUCUGAGUUUACUAUUUCUUGGCUGACUCUUUGGUCUAAAUCUUAAAGCUGGGGGAGGGGAAUGGGCGGGGGUGGGGGUGGGAGGGAGAGGGCUGGCAGUACUAUAUAAGUGCAUCAGAAGGAAUUUUAAAACGACAUUAUUGUUGCUGGCAAUAGAAAGACUCUGGUCAUUCUACUUUUAGAAACAAACACGAGCAUCUGCUUUUCCUGAAAACUUCGCUUUCUGCUUAAACCUUGUGCAUUUUGCCUCUUGUGAAAGUGAAAGAGAAAAACGCGGUGUAAUAGAUCCAGAUGCAAAAGAAAGCCAACUCGGUGGAUGGUAUUAGCUGUGACGAGGCAUUGUUCAUUGCUGCCUCUCGGUUACGUUUAAAGCCUGAAAUAUCACGAGAUCCAUUCAAUGAUCCUUCUUUCAUUCAAGGGACAAAAAUGUAAUUUGCUGUAGCUCUGAUUUCUUGGAUGGAAAUGCUAGCCUUAGAUUUCAAAGGCAAGAACUAGACAUCGCGGUUUGUACACACAUUGAUUAAGUUGAAGAGCGGCGAUUACAUCUGUGCUGAGUGCAACAGUAGUUCAGGGGCUGACUUUUCAAAUCCCAACCUCCUGAGUUACAGACUGUCUUAAAUAGACUUCCUUAAUUUCCGGAUGCACUUCUUGAAAUUCCCAAUUCUCUUCAAAAUUCCUGGGAAAUUACAAAGGAGAUGAGAGUGGGGGUGGGGAAUUAUGGCCGAGAUUUCAUCUUGUCAAGCAAACUACCUUUUUGUAUGUCUGAUUCCUCUGUUUUUAUCUUUCUGUUUUCUUUUUUGGGCCAUACCUGCUCGUGCCAGCCAGACCAGAGCAGAGGAAGCUGGAACUUUUGAAUGUGAAGAAAGAAAUUAUUGUAUAAUUUUUUUUCUUGCAGGCUCAGAAAUAUCCGUUUAUUCUUUUAAUCACGCGGAUGUGUCUAUUUUUGGAGGAACAAGGAAACACAUAAAUGCCUGGGUUGCAUUUAUGUUGUAGUUGCAAAGACCGAACAGUUAAGAAGAUUUUGCCGAAUUUUGCAAAGCAGCCAACGAGCCGCCUUGGGAUCGUGGUAAUGCGACUGGGAGGACCCUUGCUCUCAUUUGGCAAUAUUUUGGAUAUCCUUGAAAAUGACACCAAAAUAUGCCUUAAUUUGACUAAGAAGAGGUUAAACCACAUUGAUUUUCAUCCAAAGUGAUUUGUUAAAGCAGAUGCUUGACUUUGAUGGAAAAACUGGGAGUUGUGGAAGAUUCACCUAAACUACCAACCCAAAGCAUCACAAACCACUGAAACAGUCUGCAUCGUACAUCAGCACUUUCUUUUCAUUGUUAUUACGUAAAACCUCUGGAAGCACCUUGGGCGUUUGACAUUUUCUUUUCUUUGCUGCAGAAGGAAGCAAUCUGCUCCCUGGAAUUCUGACCUGUGGUGAACAGGACCCUGGCAAAGGCUUUGCUGGGGACUCUUGGACGAUCCCGCCACCAAUCCAGUACGGUUAAUUGUGGAAAAGUGUACACAUUUCUGGCUUAUCUAUGCUUUGUUAUGGGUCUGACGUGAAACUACCUCCUCCCCACCCCACCCCCCAGCAGAGAACCGAAAUCUAGUUGAAUUGUUACAGUGUUUCAGAGCUGGAGCCUUGAACUGCUUCCCUGGUCAAAUAACUUUGUUUCUGGUUGUAAAAAGGCAUUUCAGGGGGGGAAAAAAAAAAAAGGAAAAUCGAGAGAAAUUCCAAACCAGGAUGCCUUGAGACACACGCAGCAUCUGGCGGAGGAUUAACAUACAUACAUGUGUAUGUAUGCGUCACGUAUAUAUUUACUGCAAAUGGUGGGGAUCAUUUAGUGCCCGAGAUGGGAGACCUGAAGUCAGGUUUUGAAGAGGUGGAUGGCGUGAGGCUCGGCUACCUCAUCAUUAAAGGGAAGCAAAUGUUUGCCCUCUCCCAAGUCUUCACAGAUCUGCUGAAAAACAUCCCGAGGACGACCGUGCACAAGCGCAUGGAUCAUCUGAAAGUGAAGAAGCACCACUGCGAUCUGGAGGAGUUGCGGAAACUCAAGGCAAUCAACAGCAUCGCCUUCCACGCAGCCAAAUGCACACUCAUCUCCCGAGAAGACGUGGAAGCGCUCUACACCUCCUGCAAAACCGAGCGGGUCCUCAAGACCAAGCGCAGGCGGGUCGGCCGGGCCCUGGCCACAAAGGCGCCGCCGCCAGAGCGCGCCGCCGCCGCCAGCCCCCGCCCGGGAUUUUGGAAGGACAAGCACCAACUUUGGCGGGGCCUGAGCGGAGCCGCGCGGCCCCUGCCAAUCAGCGCGCAGUCCCCGCGCCCGGGCGCCGCCGCCGCGCGCCCCGCCGCCCAUCUACCUCAGAUUUUUAGCAAAUACCCCGGCUCGCACUACCCGGAGAUCGUGCGUUCGCCCUGCAAACCCCCUCUAAACUAUGAAACUGCCCCGCUCCAGGGAAACUACGUCGCCUUCCCCUCGGACCCGGCUUAUUUUCGGAGCCUGCUGUGCAGCAAGCACCCGGCCGCCGCCGCCGCCGCCGCCGCCGCCGCCGCUGCCGCCGCCGCCGCCGCUGCCGCCUAUUACCAGGCAUCCGCGGCCGGGCCCCAGCCCAAGGCAGCGGCGGGCGCCAGAGGCCCGGGAAGCCUGAGCUACCGCUGCAAACGCAAGCGCGGCGGCACCAAGGACUGCUUGCUCGCGCCCCACGCCGGCGCGCGGCGCCUGCUGCUGCUGCCCAGGUCCUACAAAGCCAAGGCGGCCGCGGCGGCGGCGGCGGCGGCGGCGGCGGCGGCUGCGGCUGCCGCCGGGGCCACUUGCCUGGAGAGGUUUCAUCUGGUCAACGGUUUCUGCCCGCCUCCGCACCACCACCACCACCACCACCAUCACCACCACCACCACCACCACCGGGCCCAGCCGCCGCAGCAGAGUCACCACCCCCCUCACCACCACCGGCCGCAGCCCCAUCUGGGCAGCUUUCCCGAGAGUUGCAGCAGCGACUCCGAGUCCAGCUCCUACUCGGACCACGCGGCCAACGACUCGGAUUUUGGCUCCAGUUUGUCCAGUUCCAGCAACUCUGUGUCCUCGGAGGAAGAGGAGGAGGAGGGAGAGGAGGAGGAGGAGGAAGAGGAGGAGGAGGAGGAGGGGGGCAGCGGGGCCUCGGAUUCCAGUGAAGUCAGCUCGGAGGAGGAGGACUCGUCCACCGAGUCGGACUCCAGCUCCGGCUCCAGCCAAGUGUCAGUGCAGAGCAUCCGAUUCAGGCGUACAAGCUUCUGCAAGCCUCCCAGCGUGCAGGCGCAGGCCAACUUCUUGUACCAUCUGGCCUCCGCCGCCGCUGCAACCAAACCCGCUGCUUUCGAGGAUGCCGGCAGACUUCCCGACCUCAAGAGUAGUGUCAAAGCGGAGUCGCCGGAGGAGUGGAAUCUGCAGAGCUGGGCCCCCAAAGCGUCUCCGGUGUACUGCCCGGCCAGCCUGGGGAGUUGUUUCGCAGAGAUAAGGAACGAUAGGGUAUCUGAGAUUACAUUCCCACACUCUGAAAUUUCUAAUACUGUAAAGAGAACUGACCUGACAAUUAACUGCCUGGCAGAGGGGGCCUCUUCACCUAGCCCAAAGACAAACAAUGCAUUUCCACAACAAAGAAUACUCCGGGAGGCUAGGAAAUGCCUACAAGCAACUCCUACUACACACUGUGCAGAUAACAACACAAUAGCUGCUAGGUUCUUAAAUAAUGAUUCUUCAGAAGCAGAAGCAAAUUCAGAAAAAGAUUCCAAAAUCCUUCAUUGUCCUGAAUUUGCUACGGAUUUGCCCUCUUCGCAGACUGAUCCUGAAGUGAACGCUGCAGGAGCAGCAGCAACUAAAGCCGAGAAUCCCUGCACUGACACAGGUGACAAGACAUUGCCAUUUCUGCACAAUAUUAAAAUCAAAGUAGAAGACAGUAGUGCUAAUGAAGAAUAUGAACCUCACCUUUUUACAAAUAAGCUAAAGUGCGAGUGCAAUGAUACAAAGGGUGAGUUUUACAGUGUGACUGAGAGUAAAGAGGAGGACGCCUUGUUAACCACAGCCAAGGAAGGUUUUGCAUGCCCUGAAAAAGAUACUCCUUCCUUAAAUCCACUGGCUCAAAGUCAGGGCCUUUCAUGCACUUUAGGUUCUCCAAAACCUGAGGAUGGGGAAUAUAAAUUUGGUGCCAGGGUAAGAAAAAAUUACCGGACACUAGUACUGGGAAAGCGACCUGUCCUUCAGACACCUCCAGUCAAACCAAAUUUGAAAUCAGCUAGAAGCCCUCGUCCUACAGGUAAAACUGAGACACAUGAAGGAACACUGGAUGAUUUUACAGUUAUAAACAGACGCAAAAAGGUAGCCAGCAAUGUAGCAUCAGCAGUGAAAAGGCCAUUUAAUUUCAUGGCAAAUUUUCCUUGUCCACCAUCACUCAUUAUUGGGAGAGAUGGGGACUUGUGGCCGGCGUAUUCCUUAAACACCACUAAGGAUUCUCAAACUCCUCACAAGGCCCAUCCUAUAUGGAAAUGGCAGCUGGGCGGUUCUGCAAUACCUCUUCCACCUAGUCACAAAUUCAGGAAAUUUAAUUCAUAAAAAUGUUUUGGAAGAUAUUUUCUUGAAGCAUAUUACCUUCCUUUUGUUGUAAACUGCACAGGAUGGUUUGUACAAGUCCGUUAAUGUGUUACACCCCCUUUGGAGUCCUGGUUUAUCGCAUUUUGAAGACAGAAAUCGGAUUACUUUUUUUCCGUUGUGGGUUUUGUUUUUGUUUUAAUGGUUUUCUGUCUCAGGAGUAGGGUGGGGGUGGGGUGGGAGAAGGGUUGGUUUACAUUCCACAGACUACUUCAGGCUAAAGACUCAAGUAAAACUCAGUUAUUACCGUAGAGCUGGAACACUUUACUGUUUCAAUGCUAAUAAUGCACCCGGUACCUCAAUUCAACUGCUACAAAUAAAUGUCAAAAGGUUGAAUAAUAAAUAUUACAAUGAGCCAUUAAGUUUAUGCACUAGAUUUCAGAGCUGAAAGUGUAACUGUUAAUUCAGUGAAAGUUUGUUAGGUUACAUGGUUACACAGUGAGGUGAGGUGAGGUAGCAAGAAGUUUCUGUGAGCCCAAAAUGUUAUUUUCUGGAGCUCUUGUUUGUGGGGUAUCUUUUUCUUUUGACUCCCCUCAUUCUCUCUUCAAGAGUAGUUGCACUUAACUUUUUUUUUUAGUGGAAAGAUUGGGGUGUGAGUCCUGAUUAAAUGCUAGUAAAAGCUGCCUCAUACAUACUGAGUAAAAUAAAUAUGGAAUUGUAUUUUUUUUGUAAAGGGUGUGAUUUUACUUUUAAAGCCACUCCUUGCAAUUGGAAAAGUCCGUUUUGUGUUCUCACCCAAAGGUUUUAAAUAAGGUGACUCUUACUAUAGUCCUACUUAUCUUGUGGUCUGAACAUGACUCUUCAAACUCCCAAAACAAUUGAAAUAUAUAUAUAUGGUUUUUUUGGUUUGUUUUUUUUUAGGAGAGAGUCUUGCUAUGUCGCCCAGGCAGGAGUGUAGUGGCACAAUCUCAGCUCAUUGCAACCUCCACCUCCCAGGUUCAAAUGAUUCUCCUGCCUCAGCCUCCUGAGUAGCUGGGAUUACAGGUGCGCGCCACCAUGUCCGGCUAAUUUUUGUAUUUUUAGUAGAGGCAGGGUUUCACCAUGUUGACCAGGCUGGUCCCGAACUCUUGACCUCAGGUGAUCCGCCUGCCUCGGCCUCCCAAAGUGCUGGGAUUACAGGUGUGAUCCACCAUGCCGGGGCUGAAAUAUUUCUCUUAAUAGCAGAAUAUUUUAUGGUUGAACUCUUGAUAGUGACAAAUCAGUAAAUACAACCAAGAAAAAGAAAAUGAGAGGUCAGAGUUGCAAUACCCCAAAUGAAAAAUAACAGUUUUUUCAGGGCUUUUUGGUACCAGAACUCAGGCACUUGGAUUUUAUUACCUUAUAUUUUUUCUGCAUCUCUCUAGAACUUCUGUUUUCAGACCAUCCUGUGUAUAGAGCAGGAGAGUUUCUACUGCAAGUGACAAUCAGAGGUGACUAUCUAUAUUUGCACUUAAAAUCAAAGUAGUUCAACAUGCAAAUGCUAGGGUCUAGCCCUGGAUAAGGGCCAUGCUGGUGUACUGUGUUGUGAUGAUGGAAGCAGUAAAUCAAAAUUAUGGAAAUUUGCACUGUUGAAAAGCAUGCUUUAGCUUUAUUUUCAAUUAAAAACACUGUUUAAAAUUC